UUUCCAGAUCGCCGCGCGACUCGGCAGCACUCUGAACUCAAAUCACAAUGUCUCACUGAGUGCACUCGGUAGCCUUCACAUUCGAAGCGUUAUCUGCUUCAUCUGUAUCGCAAGCGAGCUUCUUCGAUCUCCGUCCUGUGUUUUCGUCACUACUCGGGGUAUAACCAGUUUCUGGAAUCGUUGCAUUGAGUAGAAGCCCUAAUUUUGGGGGCGUGUGUAGUGGUCUAAAUGAGUAAUUAGACAAGAAGAACCAGUUUUCUUAUCCAAGCUUCAAUGGAAGUAAGUGUUAAAACCCCAAGUAGUGAUGGUGAGUGGACAGUGGUCUUACCUAGUAAAGGAAGACAAGGAAGAAGACGCAAACCGAAACCUAAGGUUCAUCAAGAAGAAGAACAACAACCAUGGAAAUCAGAUGAUCUUGAAGUUGAUCCGCAGAGGCAAGCAAGACUAAAGCAGAAGAUGGAAAUCUCUAUGAAGAAAAUCGAAACCUCGGAGUUUUACACAGCAUUCUUAGAGCAGCUCAAGUCUCCUGAGGUUUCAGACCAGAUUCGCCUCGUGUUAGGCACUGAUACACAGCUUCAGAUGGUGAUGUACGGUAUAGGCAGCAUCGAGUCUUAUGAAUCUCCGAGGUUUCAGCUGAGCAUUGCAAUUUUGUUGAAGAGAGAAUUUGAUUGGGUUGGUGAUAGCAUAGAAGUGUUUGAUCCAGUUCUCUCUGCAACCGAAUCUAGUUACCUAGAAUCUUUGGGAUGCACUGUCCUAUCUGUGAACGAGCAAGCUCGAAGGGAAGCUUUAAAGCCUACUCUAUUCUUUAUGCCACACUGUGAGGCCAAUUUAUACUGCAACCUAUUGGAAGCAAAUUGGAGAACGGACCGAUUGUGUAGAAUCGCAUUGUUUGGGAACAGCUUUCAGAUGUAUGAGGAGCAAGUUUCGUUUGACCCAGAAGUCAUCUCUGCCACCAAACGAAUCAUAGCUGCACAAAGAAUCACAAGCGAGUUUGCAAUUGAGACAGUAUCAGAGGAUUACUUUGCAGCAUUCCAUGAUUCAAGUUGGCAUUUUUUCAGUUCUGGUAUAGAUUCAGAGCUGCCAUUGUUCGUUUCAGAGGAAUUUUAGAUCCUUGUUUGUAAUACUCUUUGAUUUCACCUGUGUACCAUUAGUUCCUCUGCAUAAUUUUUGCCAUCAAAGAUUCAAAUUGAGGGGGCAAACCAAAUUGAAGUUGUUUCAAUGCAGGUCAAUAUAAUUCAGGUCAUACUUGCAAGCCUCCGUUCA